AUGGGGCGUGCUGUUGCGGGUAGUGUUGCAAACGUAACUUCGUGUACAAUACCGUGGGUAAAACGGGCUGAGGAAGGUGCAGCAAUUCGACAAGUCGGUGGUAGUGUUGUGAGGCUAGAAAAAGGAGCGCGGGUGAAGUUAGUACCACAAAAAGGUCGUUGCUGUAACAAAAGAAAAAGACAAAAAAAGAAGAGAAAAAAUCAAAGUGGUGGUAGUUUUUGGGAUGAUAUUUCGCAGAUUCCUAGAGUGUGGAAGGAGUCGGGAGCUGCGGAAGUGAGAUGGAAUCCUUAUGCGAAGGGGACGAAGAAGAAAUAA